AUCUUAAUAAAAUAGCAUUGGCAGACGACCAUUUCGCUACGCCCAACAAAAUCGAUGUUUUGAUUGGUGCUUCGCUGUUUCCGCAUUUGAUUCUUCCCGACGACGUGGUCUCCAGUGGACCAUCGGGGCCGCCCGCUAUUCAUACAGUGCUAGGCUACGUACUCAUGGGAGUCGUGCCUGCGCUCGCCGCCCGCCCAGCAUGCGUGACGUCAUGCUGCGCCAUAGUGCCACAUCAGCCUAUGGAUCAUUUAAUUACCCGCUUCUGGGAACUGGAAGAAGUCCCCGGCUCGCCCGUUCAGCACCCCACGAAUGUUGAAUGUGAACAUUUUUACCGCUCGACUACGGAACGUGACCCCGUGACCGGCCGUUACACUGUAGCUCUCCCGUUUGAUAAAGACGUGUUUUUACUUGGGGACUCCUAUAACAUUGCUCGCAAACGUUUUUUGUGUUUGGAGAAGAAGCUCGAGGCUUCUCCCGAGCUUCGUGCCGCUUACGAUGACGUCAUUAAGGACUAUAUUUCCAAAGGUUAUGUGGAGCCACUGACCGUUCCCCCGCAGGCGUCAUCGGACGAUUUGUCCCCGAGCUAUAUAAUCCCGCACCAUGGUGUCCUCCGCGAGGACAAGUCCACCACGAAGCUGCGCCCCGUGUUAGAUGCAAGUUGCAAGACUUCAUCCGGUGUCUCGCUAAACGAGGUGCUGCACAGUGGGCCAAAUUUACAAGGGGACUUGUUUAAAAUUAUUUUAAAUUUUCGCCUACACGCUGUAGCGAUGACCGCUGAUUGCAAACAGAUGUUUCUGCAGAUUAUGCUUCGCGAAUCUGAUAGACGCUAUCAGAGAAUUUUAUAUCGUUUUAAUCCAAACGAUCCUCUGGUUCUAUCAAUUUAA